AUGAAAUUAAUUCAAUCGGGGUCCAUGCGCAGACGCAGUGAUCGUUUGUUUCCUAUUCAUCCGCAUAAUUUAAAUAAAGUUAUACACGAUGAAUGGAAUACAAUUAUACAAUGGUUAUGUGAUGUUUUAUCGUCUGGUGAUAUCAUGUGUGAAAUUAAUCCAGUAUUUACUACUAUCCAAAGAUUUAUCAAUAUAUUUGGAAUGCGUUUAUCCAAAAUACAGCGCAUUGCUUUAAUUCGUCUAACUGUAGCUUAUAUAUGUUGUCCAAAUAUUGAUACGCAGGUUAUAUUCAAUGCGUUAGAGCUUUUAAACAAGUUGAUGAGUAAAUCAUAUUCACUACCAUCAUCAACCUUGUCUAUUAACUGGAAAAACUUCUUUGAUAUGCGAGAAUGGAUUGAUGAUGCGUGGCAAGCGAAUUUUCACUUAAUUCAACUGUCUAAAACAGAAUUUGCAAAAUUACAACGGAUCACUGUAUUAUGCUCAAAGUUCUUUCCGAAAAGUUCAAUUGAAGAAAUCUGGUUAGAAUUUCGUCAUCAUAUUUGUAGUGAUAUAUUGACUGGAGCGCCAAUCAGAUAUUUGGGUCAUUUUUUAAUUUAUACACCAUUUUAUCCAAAAUACUUUGAUGAGAUUAGUCGUGUUUGGUUAACAGAUAUAUUUAAUUUGUGGUAUAUGCACCCUGAAUUAGGAAAUUUUCGUGGAAUUAUCCGAAUAUUAUGUUAUGUUUCUCGUAUUGGUCGUGGACGAAUCGAUUGGGAACCACAUAUGGAACGUAUAUUUACUGGUCUUUCAAGAGCUAUCACUUUAAAUAAAAAGCCAGUACAUGGUGAAUUACUAAAAAUAGAAGAUAUAGAAUUUUACGCUGAACUAAUCAUGAAUACCAUUGGUCCUGAUCGUUCAGAUUGUCAUUCAUCAGUAUUAUAUCGACUGGAGCAAUUAUUAAAAUCUGUUGAAUCAUUCUAUCAUCCAUCAUCGAGUCAAAUUGAGGCAGGGAAAUUGUUAAGCUGUUUUAUAUUGAAAUUUCUACGUUGUUUAAUUAGUCGUUUACGUGAUGAAUUAUUUCCACCAGUUGAAGCAUUGGAUUUAGGCUACACACCGCCUGAGUUUUAUCUGUCUAUGGAACAAGUUGAUCAAAUUGUUGAUUUAUUUUCACCAAUUUGUUUAAAUUACUUUUUAUAUUCAAAAUCUGAUGCUGUAGUAAAUACCACAGUGAAAAUUAUUCCACUGUUAUGUAAACUACGUCCUAGCCGUGUUAUGCCAUGUUUACUUAAUAAUCUUGAAUCGGGUUUAACUAAACUGGAAAUGCCGUUACGUUUCACUCGACCAUUGCACGCUUUAACCUAUUCAGUACAAUCAUUAAUUUAUGUUAGAUUUCCGUUGUAUCCACGUGGACCAUCAUCGUCGUCCAGUGUGUAUUCUGUCAACGAAGAUCCCGAUAAAUUAGAGGACGGUAUUGAUGAUGAAUAUUAUGAUAAUGAUGACAUUGAUGCAGAAGUUGGUGAUAAGGAAAUGAAAGAAGAAAAUGAAGGUGAAAUAGUUGAUGAUGAUGAUGGCGAAGGUGAAGAAGACGACUUAUUAACAUCAUCUUCAUCCUCGUCAUCAUCAGAUGUAGAUAAUGAUAAAUGUAACGAUACACUUAAAUAUCAUAAACCAAACAAUCAUAGUUCUAAUAGAUAUGUGAAUGAUACUACUGAAAGGCUUACAAUGAAAAAGCGAAUUUUUCAAAAGUCCUCAUACAAACCGGCUUACACUCAUGUUUCACCGUCUGUUCGUCAAAGUCAUUUAAAAGCCUUCACUUACUUAUCUGGUCGGGCCGAACUGAAUCGUGUUCUACAACUUCUUUCACACGGUUUGGAUAUGAAUUACACAGAUCGAUUUAAUUAUUCUGUAUCAUGUUUAAGUCGGAUAUUCCUUUCAACGCCUAUAUGGGAUUUCUCAACUAUGCCAUUGACUAAUAACAACAAUAUCAAUCCAAAUCAUUUAACCGCUGAAAGGAUAAUCUCGGAAUCAAAUGACGUAGAAGAUACUGUAUUCAUGAUAUAUGAACGUAUUUUGAGUUAUUUAUCCAUAUUAAAUGAUGAUAGUACAAAUUCUGUAAAUUUACAAAGUAUUUCACAUUUAUCGAAUACAAUGUAUCGACCACAAACUGGACCGCCUAAUGGUCAUCCACGUUCAUAUAUAGACACAUCUCAAAUGAGUAGAUUAACUGGUCUGUGUGUUGCAUUAGGUUUAUCUACAUCAUCUAAUUCACAAUUACGUUGUCGAUUAAUUAGAUUGCUAGUAGAUAGAAUAUUUUCUUGUCAAUGGUCACCAGAUACAUCACGAUUAAUUGGUUAUCAAGCAUAUUGGCUAACGAUUGAUUCAUCUUAUAAUGACAAUAAUAACAACAUAAAUCCAUCAAUUUAUGCUUUGAAGUUAAUAUGGCCUAAAUUUAUGGCCAUUGUAAAUGAAAUUGAAAAUGAUGGAUCUUACAUUUAUCACUAUCGCGCAGAACCUAGGCUUCUUUCUCUAUUAUAUAUUCUACCAGGGUUUAUUUGUGCAUUACCACCUGAAAGUUUAAUUGAUCCAACUAUCUAUAAAGAAUUUAUUGAACCAUUAAUUAUCCUACUUGGUAAAUUAUGUUAUUUAUCAACAGGAUGUCUUGUCAAACCAGAUUGGAGUCAUUUUACAUCUCUGAAUAAUAUGAAUCUAGAAUAUAAUAAACUUGUAAAUGCAUGUCCUGCCUUGUCUGAAACAUCAGCAAGUUUUCUUGCUAUGCUACUGCAUCGUUUAACAAGUUACAGUAUUGAUUUACGUCGUUUCAAUUUACUAGACAAUAUUGUCGGUGUAGAUGAACAACAACAACUAAAUAAAGUUGAUGCGUAUAUUUCAUCUCCUUGGUGGAGCCCGUUUGUCAAUUUGAAAUCCAUUGUUAAUUAUUGUUACAAUCAUAAGAACCAGAAACAGCACAGUUUUUGGUUUAAACCGACGAAAAUGACAACUUCUUUAGCUCGACAAUUAGUUAAAUCAUUUUUACAUCCCGUCAUGAAAGAAUUAGAGAGAAUUCAUGAGAAUUUAACCUCUUUAUUACAUACUACCACUACUAAUGAUCAUAAUACUGUUAACGGAAUAAACUACAUUGAACAACGGAACCGGUUCACAUCAUUAACAAUCUGGAUGAAUCACUUAAUGAAUGGUUUAUCUGAUGCUUUAGCACCUCGUACAAAAAACCUUAGUGUGAACGAAAUACGUAUUGGACAACAUUUUAUGCCAUGGCAUGGUCUAUCUAACCUCAUUGAUCCUCAUGAAGUUUACAACGUAAUUUCAAUCGACGAUUUGCAAUCAUCUUCCGUAUCCGAUUGGGAUAUCGCUUAUUUUUAUAUGAAUAGCAAAAAUGAUAUAGGUGAAGAGUUACGUGAUGCAGCACUUAAAAUCGGUUUAAAACUAUUGGAUGUGAUUUCACAAUUGAUGAAAGAAGCUGAUGAUAAUUUGAUAUCGUGCCAUGACAGAACUAGUGGUGAUGAGAUUGUCGAUAAUGUUUGUGAUAAUUUGACUGGUAUUUUUGGUGAUAUAGGUGUUUCAGAGAAAUCAAAUGACUGUAAUUCUACUACUAAAUCAAUCUGGUUACUAUUCAAUAAUGUUCAAGUCUACAAUCUAAUGGAAUUCACUCACCAAGCUCUAUUUAAUUUACCUAUGGAAGAGCAUAGACCAUAUCUUUUACAAAUUAUACGUGGUCCACGAGGUUUAUUAUCUAUUGAUUUAGGCGCUCGUAAUUGUUUACAUUUACCAGAUCAAGAACUUUCGCGUCAAAAUGAUUCUGAGAAAUUAUGUAUACCUAGUAUAAAUUCUUUAACAGGAACUUUUUGUUCUACAGCAUCAUCUUCAUUGUUAAAUCAAAGUGAAUUUAAUGAAAAUUUACAAAUGUAUUCUGGUUGUACCAUUAUCACUUAUAUCGCACGUAUCCAUCAUCGUUUUUCCAUAUUAAUGUUAAAUCAUUUACGAAAACACUUAAUGCUUACAGUGAGAAAUUCCACUGGUAAAUUAAUAUCACGUUCUAUCGCCUGUUCUACCAUACUACAACCAUCACUAGAAAUUAUGAAAUUUACAGAUAUUUUAAGUGUUUUGGCAACAUCUCCACAUCGAUCAGAUAUUCGUCAACUGGCUAAUUUUUUCCUCAAUGCCCAAUUAAUUAAAUUUGUUCCUUCGAUUGGUACAAGAGUAGUAGAAUCAUUGGUUAAUCGCUUAAAUAAUAUAGCCUCAGAUAUAAAAUUUCUAAUGUCCUCGCCUGAUUCUUCAUCGUCUUCUCUAUCGUUAUGUUCCUCAACAUCUUCACUUGCAUCGUCUUCCCCUGUCUUAUCUUUAUCUUCCAUUGGUUCAUUGGAAGGAAAACAAAAACUUAUACAUCAUCGACGUAUGUCUACAAUUAUCGCAUUGAAACAGAUAUAUGCACGUCACCAUUGGAAUCGGGAAUAUGAUGAAUUAUUUCGAUUAAAUCCACUUUUAUUUGUACAAUUUUGUACUAGCCUUAUAAAACAACUAAUUAAUUAUCAAGAAGAAAAAUCUAUUUGGUUUAAAAAUUUCGAAAAAACCAGUAAUCAUAAUGGUGAUUUAGUAAACAAACCUUAUCAUCAUCAUCAUCAGCAGCAGCGGCAUCAGCAACAACAACAACAUCAAUUAAAACAAUUACAGACAAAUCGUGAUCAUUUAGAACAUUUAAUAAAACAAAUUCUACAUUCGCUUAAAGAAUUGCCUAUAGAUUGUAAUAUAUAUCUUUCACUUAAUUGUGAAAAUAGUCAAAUUCCAUCUACUAGUUGGUUGAACAAAGUUUAUUCUGAAAUUAGUAGUUGUUUAAAUGCAUUUCAAUAUCCAUUUGAUAUGAAAACAUUGAAUAAUUCAAACAACAUUAUGAAUAUAUUAUUUCAUAACCGUGGUACAGCUGCAUCAUUGUUCAAUCGUAAUAUUUCUGAUUAUAUUAUUCGUAUACACUCAAAUAAUUAUCAACAGUUAAAUUCACUAGUGAAUAGUUCAACAAAUUCAGAAAGUACAAUAACUGAUAAAAAUGCUAAUAACCAUAACGAUGGUUCUAGUACAAGUUGGCCAUUAACUGUAACAAUGUUAGAGAUAUUACGUUAUCCUGUCAGUCCACCAUUUGUACCUGUAUGGAGAUUAGAUAACUGUUCUAUACACCCACCUAUUUUGAGUCCUCCAUCUUUGAAAUUUGUUCAAAUUGCUUUAAAAUUAAUGAUUGGUGAACAGACUGAAGUUGCAUUUACUGCAUGUAGGUGUAUUUCGGAGUUGAUUUUCAGUCUAAUAGGUUUGUAUCGUAUCCCACCACGUAAAUGUAUUUAUCCCAUACAAAUCUGUCAAGAAAAAAUGAUCACCAACACCACUGAUUUGUCAAUUUUGCCAAAUCAUCAUCCUAAUGUUAAUGCACCGAUGAUAGCUGGGCCUCGUCCAGAUAACUUAUGGUUAUUAUUUAAUGAAAAUGCUAAAAUUUUACAAUCAGAUAAAGCAUAUGAAUUCCAUCAUCACGUUGUGUCGAUAAAUUGUGGUUUCGUUUACUAUCCUACUCAUUUAUAUAUCUACGAUCCACAUGUUAUUCUACCUUAUCCAACAUUUGAUAAAAAUGGACAAUUAAUUGCAGAAAAACCAUUAAAUCAAACUAAUUUAACUACUACUAUGACUGUUUCAAAUGAUAAUUCAAACAACAUUGCCUCAUCUAAACAACCAUCAUGGUUAUCUCAUUUCAUUAUUGAUGAUGAUGAAAAUGACAAUCGACAACAGGCUGCUUGUUUAUUGGCGAAAAAAUUAUGCAGUCCUUUGAGUGAAACACGUGAAUUUUGGACGUCAUUAGCCAAACAAUUACUAUAUAUGCAUAGAUCUCAUUUUGAUAAACAAGGUUACUAUACAUUCAUAAUACAUUAUUUAAUUAGAUCAUGUUUAUUGGCUUUUGGUCCGAAAAAUAUGUUGGAACAUUUAGAAUAUUUUAUGAAAACCUUACUUAUCACAUUACCUAAUUCUAAAUUACCAUUGGAUGGGAAAGCUGAGUUUAUUGGUUUCUAUUGGAUACAAGUUGUGUUGAGUGAUAUCGUUAAUAUUAGUUCAUUAUGGUCACGUCAGUGGAAAUACUACUUUUGGGGUUGUUUCAUACCAAGAAUAUUGUGUUGGUCAGAAAUUUGUGCAUUAAAUGUAUCAGUUAAUGAUUUGGCUCAAUCGGUUGAUGAAAAAUUGCAUCCAGCUGUGAGACAUGUUCAAUGGACGAUGCCAAUUUAUGCCGGAAGGUUUGCCGGAGGAAGAGAUGAUGAUGAUAUUACAGCCGACUCUAAAACUCAUUCGGAAGAUGUAAACUCAGAUCGUAAUCAUUGUGAUAAAACAUUGUUAUCUAACACUGUUAAACAAUCAUUAGCUGGUGGACCAUUUCAUCGUAUUCAUUUUAUGUAUGAUUAUAUUAUUAAUUGUGCUACAAUCAAUUAUAAUUCAGAUGUCCACUGUUUACACCCAUUAUGGGAUUGGGCUAUACAAGGAUUAAUUGACUCUAAUAAAAAUGGUAAUAAUAAUAAUAAUAAUAAUAACGAUUCACAAAUGAAUCCAUCAUCAUUUUGUCAACACACUAUUAAUAAAGAUCACGGAAUUACUUCUAUUGAAGAUACUUGUCCAUCAUGUAUAUUAAUACAGCAUUUACCAUUAGUACACCGUCGAGUAUUCUAUGAAAGAUUAUGUUAUAAAUUUGUAUUUUCAUUAGGUUGGCUUGGUAUACCAUUAUAUAGACGAUUAUUAUCUUAUCAACAAUGUUAUUCUACUAUGAACAAUUCUACUAUAUGGUAUUCACAAGCAUGUAAUAACUCUGUAUGGUUAAGAGAUUUAUCAGCCAGUAAUGCUGUUUAUCGUGUAUUACCUAUUAAUAAUUUAAUUUAUCAUAAUAAUAAAAAUAAUUUAAAUCUAAUUAAAUAUAAAUUAAAACAAACUGAGUUAAUAUGUUUAUCGAAUCAGUUAUCGAUAAAAGAUGCUUUAAAUUAUCAAUUAUUUAUAAGAAAUUUAUUUAAAAUUGAUGAUCCAUUAGAAUUACUCGGUGGUGAGUUUUUAUUCAAAUCGUUUUUACCAUUAAUUGUUCGUGAUACAUUGAAUGUUUUACGAUUAAAAAGAAAAAAAUUGUCAGAAUCAAGCUUAAUGUUAUCGGUAGCUCCACCUGAACAAAUUAAUUCUAAUAUCAUUCAAGAAAUUUACAAAAAUAUGAAUACCAUUGAAGUUACAACAGACAACAACAAUCAUGAUGAUAAUGAUAAUAAUAAUAGUAACAAUGUAAUUCUCAAUAAUUAUCGCCUAGCUGAAAUUAUUGUAUUAUCCAAUCGUUUAUAUUGUUUAUUUUCAUGUUUAAGACUUCUCUUAAAUUACAGUUGUCCUACAUUUAUCCCAUCAUUAUCAUCGUCAUCAUCAUCAAUAGUGAAAAUAAAUGAUGAGAAUUCCAUUCAAAUGAAUCAAUAUCAAUAUGCAUUUUUAAGUCGUACAAGUAUCUGUUGUUUAUUAGCCCCAAUUGUAGCCGAUAUGUGUUCAAUGGGUAAUGCAUAUGAUUAUUUUACAACUGCAUUAAAUAUGAAAAUAUUUUAUCAUAAUUCUUAUUUAUCAAAAAAGCAAAAUUAUACCAAAAUAGAUGAUGAUAUGAAUGAUGGUUUAAUUUGUGCAAUCUCUUCUUAUUUAAUCUAUUUAUCUGCAUUACCUCUAUCAGGGCAAGGUCAAUCUGAUAUUGGUAAUAUUUUAUCAUUUAUUGGAAAUUUUUUAAAAUACUUCCUACAGCACGUAUCAUGGCGUACACGUGCUAUAGGAUUAUUAUUGUUAAGAAAUCUUGUAGUAUUCAAUUUAGCAGCAUUCCAUGCUCCUGAAUGCAAUUUAUCAGCAGAGAAUGUUACUACUACUACUACUACUACAGCCUUGGAUAAUUCUGUGAAUAAACGGUUGAGAAGUAUUUUAUGGAUGUGUCUUAAUGAUUCUUUGAUUGAAGUUAGUCAAGUUGCUAUGUUUGUCCUGGCUAUAUUUAUUGAAGUUGGUGUGAUUAAGUAUGAUAAGAAAUGGAUUAGUCAACUGAUGAGACAAAUCAAUCGACCCCUUCCAAAUCAAUCAGUUAUGCAUAUCAACCAUAGCAAUGAUAGUACCAAUACUCAACCAACUAAUUUUUCAAGCAAUAAUAAUCAUAAUGAAUAUUCCAUUGCUUUACGUGAUCGUUAUGCAUCAAUUUUAGCUUUAUGCUCAUUUGUUCAUGGAAAUCCACACAACACUCCUGAUUACUUACCAUCAAUUAUUUCAAAACUUGCUGAUCAUUUACAUGAUUCACAAUCAAUUAAAAAAGUUAUUUCAUCAACUCUGUCGUCUUAUUCACGUACUCAUCAAGAGGUAUGGCAUGAACAGUCGUUGAAAUUUACACCUGAACAAUUAGAUAAUUAUAGAUUUGUUAUUUCAGAUGCUUCUUAUUAUGUUUAA